AUGAAUUCAAUUACACUUUUAUUGCAUGUUAUAGCCUUAACCUUUGUGUUUUGGCAAUUUGACAGUUUGUGGGAUAUGAGAGGUCCCAUAAAACGGCCGGCUAAUAGACAACAUAUAAGUGGAGGUAAAUUAGGUUCCAGCUUUGGAAGAAUUUUACAUGAAGCAGAUGAAGCUUCAACUGAAACCCCCAGUAAUUACAGCGUACCAUAUGUGAGACUCGUUGAUUAUUCGGAUUCAAAUGUAUAUUACGCUCAGCUUGAGGAAGCGGAUGGGGAUGCAAAUGCAGAUGAUAUAUUACAAUAUGAAUUUGCUAAUAAUUUAAAUAAACAAUUGUCCAAGGAUAUCAUCGAAAUGGCAUCUGAAUAUCUCGAUUUUACAGAAAUGAUGGAUACCCAGUGGAGAGAUAAAAUGUGGACUGACAUAUGGGUUAAAUAUCUAUCUAGCAUAAUCCAAGAUUUGCAAAAAUACAUUUCUUACACUUUCCUACCUAUAAAUUCUAGAGAACAAAUGUAUAAUAAUUUAAUGCAUUUAACUAGAAAUGAUUUUAAAUCAUUUUUGAACACAAUUGAUGAAAAAUGGAACGAAAAAUUAAAUAAAAAUGAUGUGUGA